UGUAAUGCUGUAAUUAGCGAUGUCAAAAAGCACCUAUCAUAAUUUGUUUCUGGGUGUUGAAGCUGCACUCUCCAUAAUAAGACUUCUUUUUUUUUUUUUUGUCUGAUAAGAAGGGUUGCAGUGUUCUGUGGUUACAGUUGCCGGAAGAUUGACAUUUAUGGAAAUCCCCAAACCAGGAAAUAGACGACUACCUAGACCGUCGUCGUAGUCCCAGCAGCAUUCCAACUUGAAAUGAGCAGAGUGCAGACCUAGCACCAAAAUAACAUCUUCAACCUAAAUAAAAACGACCAACAAUUCAGAUAUUUUGCAAAGAAGGAACUGAGAAAGAGUAGCCAUGGCAAGCUGCAUGGCAUUCACAGAGGAUAAUGCUCUGCGCAUUGCUGCCGUGGAGAGAGCCUUUGCACCAUCCGGUAAAAGUCUUGCAAAGCCUGGGCGCGUUCUGGUGGGAGAGGGGAGGCUCCUGAAGCUGUGUCGCCGUAGCCUGCAGCCCAAGAUGUUCUUCCUCUUCAAUGACAUUAUAGUGUACGGCAGCAUCGUGGUACACAGGCUCUGGUACAAAAACCAGCAUAUCAUCCCGCUGGAAGAUACCAUCGUUGAAGACCUGGCUGACAGCGUGGAAAUGAAAAACCAGUGGCUCAUCAGAACGCCCAAGAAAUCUUUCUACAUGUCCGCUGCUUCCCAGAAGGAAAAACAGGCGUGGAUCUGCCGCAUUCUGGAGUGCAGGGAGCAGCAGUUGAUCAGUUCGAGGAAGGAGCCCACCACUAGUUUUGCAGCUACCUGGAUUCCUGACCGAGCUUCAGAUAUCUGCAUGCGCUGCGCGGACAAGUUCACCGUGGCGCAACGGAGGCACCACUGCCGGCAGUGUGGCUUUGUGGUGUGCAAGUCGUGCUCCAAGAGUAGGAUUGUCAUCCCAGCCAUCUCUGCAAAACCCGUCAGAGUGUGCACUCUGUGUUUCAACACACUACUGCGUGAGAAGGCCAAGGAGGAGGCUGGGAAGAGGAGUUCAGAAGGGUCUGAAUUGGAAAUGCCCAUGUAUGAAGUGUCAAGCAAUGAGGACAGUGAUGAGAGGGAGGAAGAUGACAUGAUGCCCAUCCAGUGUGCAAAACCACAGAAUAUGUACCGUCCAAAAAACACUAGCUUUGCAUAUCUUAAAUAACAGUGUCCCAACUGUUUUCUUCAAUGCUAGUAAUUGACUGAAGAGAUUGGAUUGUGCAGAACCUGUUACACAAAGACAAUUACCUUUAAAUGACACCAACAUUGUGUACACAGCAACGUGAAAUGUCAUGUUUCUUUGGUUUAAUCUCCAUAUUAAUUGUAAAGAUUCAAUAUGUACUUAUGUUACAAAAGGUCACUACACAUGCAAUUUAAUACACAAAAAUGUUGCCAUAUUUAAGAAUUCUGACAAUACUUUGUGAAUAUAUUUAUUUAGUUAUUUAAAAGAACACUAUUAUAUGCCUGGUUUACCCAAAAUGUUAAAUUUAAGUACUUAGCAGAGGUCAGUGUUACAGGCUGCUCAGAUAUUGUGGAUCCUUUAAGUAAUUGUACUGGUGUGUAUUAAGGGAAUGUAUUUAUGUCUCCAGCGUAUUGUUAAAUUAUGGUUGACCAGUAUUUAAAUUUGAUGUAACUAAUUGUGCCUUGAUGACACUUCUAAGGGUCACAAAUAAAAACACAAUAUUCUAAAUCAAUUUGGCAUUUCCGCUUUCAAUUUUAUUUUAC